GUUUGGAUUCAGGAAGAGGUAGGGCUUUACCAGCUCAGACGCUGCUAGCAAAGAUGGCGUGUGGUGACAUGCAUAAAUCCAAUCCCGAUGAGUAUCCAUUCUCCAGAUGUAUGGCUGAAAUGGAGAAGGAGAGGGAGUCAUACUUAAGCCCUACAGAAAACCCAUCCACAAUUAGUGUCUCAUCUGGCACCCAAGCAGAACAGCAAGGCUACGAUGUUGACUUUGACCCUCCACUGGAGAGCAAGUACGAGUGUCCCAUCUGCCUGAUGGGUCUAAGGUCAGCUGUGCAGACACCAUGUGGCCAUCGCUUCUGCAACAGCUGUAUUAAAAAGUCCAUCAGGGACACAGGGCAGAAAUGUCCAGUUGACAAUGAAGUGCUGACAGAGGACCAACUUUUUCCAGAUAACUUUGCCAAGAGGGAAAUCCUCUCUCUCACUGUGCGCUGCCGCAAUUUUGGCUGUAAUGAGAAAAUGGAGCUCAGACACUUUGAGAAUCACUUGAAGCUCUGUGAAUUUGCCACAGUGCCCUGCCUGCAGUGUAAUGAGCCUGUAUGGAAGAAUAGUAUAGAGGAACAUAUGAACCAGGAGUGUUUACAGCGCCUGAUCACAUGCCCUGACUGUGCAGAGAAUAUCAUCUAUGCUAACAAACAGUUUCAUGAGCAGAUGUGUCCCUUCGUGAAUACAGUGUGUGAGUACUGUAACAUGGAGUUCAUUCGGGGUCAGUUGUCAUCACACUGUGCCACAGACUGCCUGAAAGCUCCCGUUGCCUGUACUUUCAGCAUGUUUGGUUGUCAAGAAAAGAUGGCAAGGAACGACCUGGCCCUUCACAUGCAGGAGUUCACUCAGAUGCACAUGCGCUACAUGGCCGAGUUCCUGAAGAACCAGACUAUGAACGGCAUUCCGCCAGCUCCAACAUGUGGCCCUUCGUGUUCUUCCCCAUCUGAGCAUGGUGCCUCUGCCAGGGUGGGAGAGCCAUGCCAGUGCAGCCAGGACAUGCAGCAGCUACGUGAGACUGUUGUGGAACUCGAGGGCCGCCUCGUGCGCCAGGACCACCAAAUACGGGAGCUGAGCAUUCGCAAUGAUACACAGCAUACGCAGCUAACGGAGCUACGCAAGAAGCUGGCGUCGCUGGAAGAGAAAAUGCACGAGCUGGAAGCUCAGCAGUACCAGGGUGUCUAUGUUUGGCGAAUCGAGGGAUUCUCAGCUCACCUGCACCAACAAGAAGCCGGACAACCAGUUGUGCUCCAUAGCCCACCAUUCUACACGGGUAGACCGGGCUAUAAGCUGUGCCUGCGACUGCACCUGCAGACACCAAGCGCACCACGUUGCUCUAACUACAUCUCGCUGUUUGUGCAUACAAUGCAGGGUGAGUUUGACAGCCAGCUCCCAUGGCCCCUGCAGGGCACCAUCCGGCUGGCUGUGCUGGACCAGGCUGAAUGCCAACACCAUGUUGAGAUAAUGGAGACCAAACCAGACCUACAGGCCUUCCAGAGGCCCACAGUGCUGCGCAACCCCAAAGGCUUUGGCUAUGUCACCUUCAUGCAACUGCAGGCGCUGCGCCAGCGAGGCUUUGUCAAGGACGACGUGCUGCUGGUGCGCUGUGAGGUCAUGCCACGUUUCGACACCAGUCUCAGGAGAGAGGGCAUGCAACCUCGAGGACCUGAACCAUCCCUCUGAGCUUGUUGUAAUUACUUAAUCUCAUUGCUGUUGCCUUAGUUCUCAGAGACACAUCUUACUAGAUCCAAAGUUUCCUUUUGUUUUAAGAGAAGAUCAUUACAUUACAUUUAUGUACGACUUUGAAGCAGUGAUCUAAAAGGACUAUGUCUUGAAGUACCACAAACAAAACAGUACAUUGCUUUAACGUCUCUGAAAUGCUGAUUAAACAGGGGCGUCAUAGAUUCGCCCACUGAAAGAAACCAGAAGUAUUAAGAGCAGCUCUAGGGGGUGUACUGUGAAACCAAGAACCUGCUUCCUGUGUUUGUUUGGUUUUUUUUUUGGUUUUUUUUUCAUAUAAUUUUCUUAAUAACUGAAUAGCAUUUUGUGAACGAAUGCCAUCAUCCUAAAGGAAAUGGUGGUGUGUAGCAAAACUAAUAUCUGUAGGUACGUCUACCCUGAAUGCACUGGAGAAAGUAAAAUAAUUUCAUAAUAACCCCCUUUUGUAAUUGAUAAUGUAUGUGCUGCCAUAAGAUCAUCACACACAAUACCACUAAUAGAAAGAAGUAACAAAAAAUAACAGGUACAUUCAUUUGACAAAUAACAGAGUAUUGUUUUCUUAGAAGAACAUUAUCCAGAAGUUACAGCAUGAAGUCAGAGCUCCAAAAAUAGGGUAUUUGGCUGAACAACAGAGCUAUUCAAUCAUAAAGGAAUGCAAAAGCCUCAAGGUGAAUCAUGUCAAGUAUACAGCCAUGUGAAAAAAUAAGUACACCCCAUGGAAAUUGUUUUUUGACACAUAAGCAAACAUUUGGUCAUCUUUGAAAUGGUGCCUAUUACUAAAGUUGAUCUACAUGAACAAAACCACAAGGAAAAUUAGCUUUUCAAUCAUUUAUUCAACAGAAUUUUCAAUAAAGUGAUAUUAUUCUGUGGAAAAAGUAAGUACACCAUUGGCCUCAGAAGCUAGUAUUGCCCCCUUUAGCAGAAAUAACUUCUUGUAGGCGUUUUGCAUAAUUGUCCACUAGACUUGCUGGAAUUUUUGACCACUCUUCCAUGCAAUAUUCUUUCAGUUGCAAGAUGUUUGAGGGUUUUCUUGCAUGUACUGCCGCUUUCAAUCCCCCCAAAAGAACAUUUCAGUGGGAUUCAAAUACGGGCUUUGACUAGGCCAUUCCACAACCCGACAUUCUUUGCUGGAUUUGCUAGUGUGCUUAGGAUCAUUAUCCUGUUGAAAUGUCCACUUUCGACUCAGCUUCAACUUUCAGACAGAUGGCCUCACAUUAUCUUCAAGUACUCUUUGAUGUGAUGCAGUAUUCAUAGUUGAGUCAAGAAUGCAAGCCGUGCAGUCCCCGAGGCAGCAAAGCAACCCCAAACCAUAACAUUUCCACCAUCAUGCUUCACAGUUGGUAUGAGGUACUUCUCAAAAGCUGUCUUUGGUCUGCGCCAAACAUGUCUAUUGUUACUGUGGCCAAACAACUCUAUCUUUGAUUCAUCUGUUGAGAGCACAAAAUUCCAAAAGGCCUGGUUUUUGCCUAUAUGCUCAUUGGCAAACUGUUGUCUUGCAAAGGCUUUUUCCUGGCACACCUCUCAUGCAGCUCAAAUUUGUGCAAUCUCUUUUCGACUGUAGAAGCAUGCACUUUGACACCAAUAGUUGCAAGACUUACUAGCAGAUCCUGUGAUGAAAUUUUGAGCUCUUGGGCUGAAUUUGCUGGGACGGCCAGUCUUGGACAAAUUGGCACUUGCUCGAAAUCUACACCACUUCAAGAUGAUUUUCCUUUCAGUGGAAUGAUGUAUUUCAAAUAAUUUGGAGAUCUUUUUAAAAUCCUUGCCAGACUCAUAGGCAUCCACUACCUUUUUUUUCUGAAGGCCUUACAAAACUUUUUAGCUCUGGGCAUGAUGACACCACACACCUCAAUAACAAAGGGAACACCAGACACUAGAUAUGAGAGGGGUAUAAAUAAGACUGGUUCCACCUGCACUCCCUAAGCAGGUUCUAAUCACUGGCACCCAAUCUUGAACACCUGCUUCUAAUUUAAUGGAUUUGAAGGUGUGAUAAAUGUAGGGGUGCACUUACUUUUUUUUUUUUUUUUUUUUUUAAACAUGAAACAUGUGACUGGUCUGUUUUUUUUUGUUAAUUGAAAUUGUGAAAAUGACUACAAAAUGCCAAUUUUAUGUCAUUUGAUAGUGUAUCACCUUUAUUAAUAGGCACGGUUUCAAAGAGGAUCAAAUAUUUGUUUUUCCAAAUACGUUUUU